GUUUCUGGUCUGAUCAUAUAUCUAACUCUGGACGCUGCUGAGCACUCUUCAAAGUCAUUAAACACCGUUUCUCGAAGCUCCCGAAGAAGCGACAACGUCGCGAAACAUGUCGAGCUGAUCCCCAUUUUUAUCCAAACUCAUCCUGCACCAUCUCUCGAAGCUACAACGCCACCCAGCGCUUAUUGUGUAUCUCAUACAUCUAGCCCUGUGGCUAUCAGCGGUGUCUUUCAGAAAGGGACAGGAAUUGAGUUAUUUGUGUAUCCCAUUGUAUUUUAUGUUUUUCUUCCUUUUUUCAUUAUUGAAUCGAGCAAUUGUUCAGUGUUUUUUUGUGCUUAUGUACUGUUCAAAUUAAAAUUAUUUAUACUUUUUUAAAAACAAAUCUGGUGCCUACAAAGUCCACUUUCUCUUAGUUUGAGACUUCACAGUCUUUUUCUAUUUACCUACAUUAUUUAGGAUGUGGCACCUUAUACUAAGGGGUGUUUGAUUACCACCCCAGGGCAAUUGUAAUUCUAAAUAUAACUAUAUACACUGGUGGAAGCACCUUCUAGUCACCAUCCAGGUGACUAGGCCCUAUUUACGCUUUAUAUGUGUAUACGUAUUUACCCACACAUAUAAUCUCUUAUCGCUAUUAUACUUUGUAUUCAAAAAUUGUUGCUACACAGAAAACUUCCUUUUAAACCUGGAAAUCCCCCUCAUGCCACUAUUGAUUAUUCAAAGCAAUAACCAUAUAUAUUGUUGCUGGUGUUUUGCGUUGACAAUAACAUCUGUGUGUUAUCUGUUCCCUCCCUUUUUUUCUUUAUUUUACAUUUGGUUUAAUUGGGUUUGAGCAAGUAUGGACUUUGUAGGCACAGCAUGGUCAGGAUUAAUGACCGAGUUCCAAACGUCAUACAAUGGAACCAAUAAGGAUGUUGAUGAUCUAAGGCUAUUUUUUGGCAAGUUGAAAUACUUACUGAAAAAGAAAUCAAACCUUUAUUGGCACAUGGAGUUUUUUAAGGAAUAUAUAAAAGAAAACAUUAGCCCUAUGGGCUUAAGGAUACAAAUGUUUCCAACUAUCAAAAAUGCAUCACAAGACCUAAAAAACUCCUGGGAAGGAGUCUUGAAUAAGUGCAGUAAAGAAUGCAUGCAAUUAUUACUGAUUCAAUACCAAUCAGAUACCAAUAUAUUAGAUCGUGAUUUAGCACUUCUCAUUACUCAAUAUGAGCAUGUCAAGACCCAUCCCCUUUAUGCCGACAAACAUCAAGAACUUAAGGUGUUUCUUGAUAAACUUAAUAAAAGUAUUAUUUCAAAAAAACAGUCAAAAAUGGCUAAAGAUCGCAUGGCUUUUGUUGAAGGCUAUGCCUAUAGAUGGGACUUUCCAGCCAAGGGUCGAGGUAGAAGCCUUCGCAAAUACCCACCACCUGGCUUUGGAAACUCAGGGUUAUCUGAAGAAGACUUUGAAUCUGACUCAUCCUUAUCCUCUUCCUCUUUUUCGCAGAUGCAACAAAGACCGACGGCAGCACAAACGAACUCUCGGACACGUAAGAGGGAAUACCAAGGUGGUGGGCAUCCCAACACACCCAGCACCAAAAAGAAACCCACUACUGUGGCAGGUUUCAAUCCCAUACAGGGUCACUCACAGGGUGUUUCCAAUAGGGGUGAAGGGCCCUCACAGAAUUUAGGACUAUCCCAUUUCUCUUAUACGGGACCCCUAGCAGCUAAAGCGGUUAAACAACUCCAUCCGCCCAGUACAACACAAACCCCCAAACCCAAUGUAAGCUUGCACCAUGAGGGAGCAUUGAUGGAGACGGGAAUACCUAGUUUGUUAGGUACCCCUUCCCACCAAUCACGCUCUCUCAUUGCAACGGGCAAUGAUUCGCAUCGAAUCACCCACACACGUCCAGCACAAUUGGAGAUCCCUUUAGGAGAGACCCUCCUGGGAGCAUCACCUAUGAGGAAUUGA